CAUCACCCGGCUUGGAGUUCAAUUGAUCUGUCAAACGAUAUCUUAUCAGAUGGGGGGACGUGCUCUUUAACGGCGGCAAAUUGAAGAUUACAUCACGCUACAUUCGGCGCGCGUGAACAUCAGUACGAAGGCUCUUGCUCCGCUAGUGAGAGGGUGGCAGCGCUUACCUUCCCGCAAACAGCGAUCACCCAGGUACUCAAACAAGUGUUUGUUUACUACGCAGUUUUCCCCUGAAAAUCUCUUCGCCAACGCGCCCGCCGAGCUCCUUUCAAUGCGAGUUUAUAGCUGUCGUUAGCCAGUGUAGAGUUUGGGAGCUGUCGCGGAAUCUCUGCGAACACCACGACCAGCCGUGCAAAGAGUGGCAAGCAUCAUGUUCGCCCAAUGCAAAGGCCCAAUCUGGGGCGCGGACGACUUUUCGAGGUGCUUCGAAUCAGACUAUCUUUCGACAUUGUUUCCUCUAUCCGUUUGCGGUGUGUCCGUCAUUUAUCUCCUAAUACAACUGUACUUCGCUGCCACGGCAACACGGUACUACCACGCAUACUCCGCGCUCGACGAUCCACGAAACGUUUGGUCCUUUCGAAGUCCCAACUACGACGGUGAUGCAGCAGACAGUGACUCUGAAGAUGAAUUCGACCGCAAUGAGCAGAGCGCGCUGCUUCAACCCACCAUCAGCCGCCAGACCAGGUCCACAACCGCUGUGACCAAGCCGCGCGGCGAAGUCACGAUAGUUGUCUUGGAAGAGGCUGCCGUGCUGGCGCAGCUUGCGGUCCAUAUCGCUAUCUUCUUUACAGGCGCUUGGGGUCGACAUGGGAGAACCGCGGCAAUUGCAAACAUUGCCGUCUGGUCGUACAUUGCCACACUUGCGUCGCUCCGCCUGCUGUUUUCUAGCACUAGCAAGUGGUCCUUCCCCAAGCUGUGGUACCACACCGCCUUCAUUUACGGCUUCCAGUGGGUCUUCUCGGCCCUGCUUCUCCGCUCCGCAAUCAUCCACCCACGAUCCGACGUUCAGAAAAAGCUCGCUAUCGCUGACUUCGUCCUCGUUUCGCUGCUCUUCGUCAUCUCGCUAUCGUCUCGCAAGGGCAAUAAGGCUGUGGAAUUGGAGUAUGAGGGAGAUAUUCUGCCGGCCAGGGAACCUACAGCUAGCGUAUUCUCGCUCGCUACCUUCAGCUGGGUGGACUCAAUCGUUUGGACCGGAUACAAGAAGACGUACGAGCUCUCAGAUGUCUGGAACCUCGCGCCCAAGGACAAAGCAGCAGCUGUCAUUUCCAACUACCGCCAAGUCAAGCGCACAUCGCAGUUGGCCUACCAUCUCUUGGGCUACUUCAAGCGCGGUCUCCUGAUCCAAGCUGGCUGGGCUGCAAUUUCUGGAUUUCUCACGUUCGCUCCUACGUUACUUCUAAAAGCUAUCCUAGAAUACGUUGAAGCGCCGGACCUUACACCGCAGAACGCAGCAUGGUUUUACGUUCUCCUUCUAUUCGUUUCUGGCUGUCUAUCUGCGCUCGCUGAUGGGCAAGCGUUGUGGAUUGGUCGAAAGAUCUGCAUUCGGCUGCGCGCAGUCAUCAUCGGAGAAAUCUACGCAAAGGCGCUGAAGCGCAGAGCCGCUGCUACCACUGACAAGGUUUUGGGUGAAGAAAAGAAGGCAGACAACGAAAACAAGGACAAGAAGCAAGGCACCAUCAAGAAAAUGAUGACAUGGGGCAGGAAGAAGAAGAAGACGCCCAUCGAGGGACCAAAGCAAAAUCAAGAAGACAACACCAAGCUCGAAUCCGAUGCUCAAGUCACCACCGGAGCUAUUAUCAACCUCAUGGCCGUCGAUGCAUUCAAGGUCAGCGAAAUCUGUGCCUACCUGCACUUCCUGUGGGCCAACACUCCUGUCCAAGUCGUGGUCGCCGUUGUCCUGCUCUACCGAAUUCUUGGCUACAGUAGUAUUGCUGGUAUUGGCAUGAUGAUCAUUCUUCUUCCGAUCAACAUGUAUGUUGCAAGCCAAUUCUCCAAAAUUCAGAAACUCAUCUUGGCGGCUACCGACGCUCGUAUCCACACCACCAACGAGGUCCUCACCAAUAUUCGCAUCAUCAAGUACUUUGCCUGGGAGCAACGCUUUAUCGGUCUUGUGAACGAGAAGCGUUACGUUGAACUUAAGCAUCUCCGCCGAAGAUACAUCCUGUGGGCGAUAGCAGCGACCAUCUGGUCAGGAUCGCCGGUCUUCAUCACUUUCCUCUCGUUCUUCGUCUACACCAAUGUCGAACACAAGGCGCUCAUCCCCUCUGUUGCUUUCACUGCACUUUCACUUUUCCAGAUCCUCAGGAUUCCGCUGGAUCAGCUAGCUGAUAUGGUCGCUCACGUUCAAGAGUCGAGGGUCUCGGUCGAUCGUAUUGAAGAGUAUUUGAACGAACCGGAGACUGAGAAGUACUCGCAGUUGACAACUAAGGAGAAGGAUGAGAACGGACAAGUGAUCAUUGGUUUCAACAAGGGAACUUUCAGCUGGGGUGGCAAGGACAUGAAGGACCAGGCUGCCGCCGAUGCGUUCAAGCUCAUGGACAUCGACGUCAAAUUCAAGACUGGACAGCUCAAUGUGGUUGUUGGACCGACUGGGUCUGGAAAGACUUCUCUGCUCAUGGCCCUGCUUGGAGAGAUGACAAAGUUGAAGGGCGACGUCUACCUUCCUGGGGGUGUCAGCCGCGAAGACCUUCGCCCUGACCCUGAGACAGGACUUCUCGAAAGCGUAGCCUACUGCGCACAACAGGCUUGGCUAGUCAACGGUACUGUUAAGGAAAACAUUGUCUUUGCGGGCGAUUGGGACGCACAACGAUAUGAGGAGGUCAUUGUGGCCUGCUCACUGAAGCGCGAUCUUGAGAUCCUUGACGGAGGCGACGAGACUAUUGUUGGUGAGAAGGGUGUCACCCUCUCUGGCGGCCAAAAGCAGCGUAUCUCUCUCGCUCGUGCCAUGUACAGCAAAGCACGCCACGUACUUCUGGAUGACGUUCUUAGUGCAGUCGAUUCGCACACCGCCAAGUGGAUCUUCGAUUACGCCCUCAACGGUCAGCUUAUGCUCAACCGUACGUGCAUCCUCGUUACACACAACGUCAGCCUAUGUCUGCCCUACGCGGAAUUUGCUGUCGUUCUCGAGAAUGGCCGCGUUGUCGCACAGGGUACUUCAGACGAGGUCAUCGACUCCGGCAAGCUCACAGAAGAAGUCUCCAAAUCCAGGCCAGCCUCUCGAGGUGCCUCGAAACCACCUUCUCGUGUGCCUUCAGAUGUCGGCGGCGAGGAGGCUGAAGGUGAGGUUAGCCACACGAACGGUACUGCCAAUGGCAAUGCGAACGGCAAAGACCCUAAGAAGGGAGCCCGCAACCCUAUGGAGGAGACCAAAGCAGAAGGCGGUGUGAAGCUGAGCAUCAUUCUGAUGUACUUGAAGGCUAUGGGUCCAUGGUACUACUGGGUUGGUGCUUCCAUCGCUUUCGUUGCGCAGCAGAUCUCGUCUGUAUCGACAAACGUCUGGAUUCGGACAUGGGCGAACGCAUACGCGGACAAGGGCUUCUCGACUAUGGGUCACCACAAUCGCUCACCUAUCACUCACGCACCGACGAUGUUUGGAUCGGGCACAUGUCUGAACAGUGGCACAUGCAGCUGGAAUAUUCCAUUCAUGAACCAACCAGAGGAGAAGUCCUACAUCUACAGUUCCUCCAUGCAGACAACAUUCGGUAGCUCUGACGAUUCGGGCGUUGACUCGACCUACUUCCUUGUCAUUUACGCCAUCCUCGGUUUGAUCUUCAUGUUCAUUACCUUCCUCCGUGAAGGCUUCCUGUUUGGCGGCUCGCUCGCUGCAUCUCGACGUGUUCACGAGCGACUCAUCCAGAAGGUGACCCAUGCCAAGUUCCGAUUCUUCGAUCAAACGCCACUUGGACAGCUUAUGAACAGAUUCUCGAAGGACAUCGAAUCUGUUGACCAAGAGGUCGCACCCGUUGCCAUCGGCGUGGUCCAUUGCCUGGCUUCCAUUAUCACCAUCGUUAUCCUUAUCUCAGUCAUCACACCCGCUUUCCUCAUCGCUGGUGUCUUCAUCUCCGUACUUUAUUUCCUCAUCGGCCGAUUUUACAUCAACUCGUCACGCGAUCUUAAGCGUCUAGAGUCCGUUCACCGUAGUCCAUUGUACCAGCAGUUUGGCGAGACCCUGUCUGGUAUGACAACGAUCCGAGCAUACGGAGAUGAGCGCCGCUUCAUCCGCGAGAACCUUGCCAAAAUCAACACCCAACAUCGACCCUUCAUCUACCUCUGGGCUGCUAACAGAUGGCUCGCUUUCCGUGUCGAUGUCGUUGGCGCACUGGUCUCCUUCUUCGCCGGCACCUUCGUGGUCUUGAGCGUCGGAAAGAUCGAUGCGGGUGCCGCUGGUCUUGCGCUUACCUACGCUGUCACCUUCACGGAGAACGUGCUGUGGUUUGUACGUCUAUACUCUGCCAACGAGCAGAAUAUGAACUCGGUCGAGCGUGUCAAGGAAUACCUGGACGUCGAUCAGGAAGCCCCAGCUGUCAUUCCGGAGACACGUCCUCCGUCCAACUGGCCAAGCAAGGGCUCCGUGGAGUUCAUCAGCUACAGUACUCGCUACAGGCCUGACUUCGAUCUUGUCCUCAAGAACAUCACCUUCAAGAUUCUGCCAGGCGAGAAGGUCGGUGUUGUUGGCAGGACUGGUGCCGGCAAGAGUUCCUUAGCUCUUGCUCUCUUCCGGGCUUUGGAAGCAGAGAAGGGCAAGAUCCUCAUCGACGAUGUGGAUGUUGGCCUCAUCGGUCUCCAAGAUUUGCGCGAGAGCAUCGUCAUGGUACCUCAAGACCCAACGCUGUUCACUGGAACUAUCCGUAGCAACCUCGAUCCUUUCUCUGUAUUUACUGACGAAGAGAUCUUUACCGCCCUCCGCGAAGUCCACCUCAUCUCCUCCGCUUCAGCAGCCACGUCCGGCACCGCGACGCCGACUGGGACCGCCACGCCUCCCAAUGCCAUCGAGAUCCCCAAGCCCACAAGUGGCGCUGUCGUAGCUGAUGUCAACGCCAGCUACACAGGCUCCUCAACCGUCAACCCCGGCUCUAUCCUCGCCAACCGCGAAUGGUCACACGGCGAGACAGGCGACGACACUAUUGUUGUUAUGCCCAACGGUCAGGUUGUGGAUGCAGAUGCGACAGCUGCCAACGCCCUACAAGCAGACAACAAGAACCCCUUCCGCAACCUCAACUCCCCCGUCAGCGAAUCCGGAUCCAACCUCUCGCAAGGCCAGCGCCAACUGCUCUGCCUUGCGCGCGCGCUGCUCAAAGCACCGAAGGUCUUGCUCAUGGAUGAAGCAACUGCGUCCAUUGACUAUGCGACAGAUAGCAAGAUCCAGGAGACGAUUCGCUUGAUCAAGAAUACGACAGUCACCAUUGCGCAUCGUCUACAGACUAUCAUCGACUACGACAAGGUUCUUGUGCUGGACAAGGGAGAGGUCACUGAGUUUGGUGACCCACAUACGCUUAUCACGAAGAAGGGUGGAAGCUUCAGGAGUAUGUGCGAGACGUCUGGGGAGCUGGAGAGUCUUACGAAGACUGCGAAGGAGGCGCAGGAUGCUAAGGCUGCAUUGUCAAGUUGAGGAGGUAAGGUAAAAUAGAAAAGAGUUGGAAGAACGGAUGGGCAUUACUGAGUGUGUUUAGCGUUCUUUUCCUUUGUCUUGGCUUGGAUGGCGGUGUUCUGCUUUUAAGAAUGUACUGUAUAUGAAUACAUAGCGUAGCGUACUGCGAGUAAGAUAGUAAUGCAAAAGUUAC